AAAAUAAUCAUAUUAAAGAGCUGGAGACAUAAGACAGUUGAACAAGACCGUGGCUUUUGAGUGAUGACGCUGAAGGCUCUUCUGCGCUGAUGUGUCUGCCUGCGCUGCUUGGAAAUGAUCACGAGAGGCUAAUUAGUUUUGUAUUUGGAUUGAAAAACGAUCCGAGUCACCGGAUCUAGGUUUUAUCGUCUGUCAGAGAUCAAGCCGGUAGGAGGACGCGCGCAGACUUCAGGCUGUGUUCAGUGUGUUUGGUGAGGGAUCUAGCCCUCGCGAGGAGGACACUGGACGGUUAGCUACCCAAGGAAAGAUUGAUAACUUUGAUGGGAGCAGAUCUUCUUCAAGGAUGUCAUCAUGAAAGAGGAUGAGUGUGUGUGUGUGUGUGUGUGUGUGUGUGUGUGCGUGUGUGUGUGUGCAUUAGUGUUUGUUUGAACCUGAGUGUGUAAGAAGUGUGUGUGUUUAAAGUACGUGAGUGUGUGUGAUUUGUUGUCAUGGCGCCGAUACCCCCUGGUAUUCGUUUCCUGACCUCCUUCAACCGGGACCAAUGGUACAGGGCCUUCACUUUCUUCCUUACAUUCCUGCUGUACACCAGCUUCCAUCUCUCCAGGAAACCCAUCAGCAUCGUCAAGAGUGAGCUACAUAAGAACUGCUCUGCUGAGUAUUCUGAAGGCGACGGCAGCCAGCGGCCUCAAAUCCAAACAGACUGCAGCUGGAAACCAUUUGAUAAGAGUAACUAUAAGCAGCUUCUUGGAGCUAUGGAUUACUCUUUCCUCUGCGCUUAUGCAGUCGGCAUGUAUCUCAGUGGGAUCAUUGGUGAACGCCUACCUAUCCGUCUCUACCUGACCGUUGGCAUGGUAACCAGCGGUCUCUUUACCUGUCUGUUUGGUCUUGGAUACAUUUACAACAUCCACUCCCUAGGAUUCUACAUCUUUAUACAGGUAGCCAAUGGCCUGGUCCAGACUACAGGUUGGCCCAGUGUAGUCACCUGCAUUGGAAACUGGUUUGGAAAGGGGAGGAGAGGCCUGAUCAUGGGCGUGUGGAACUCACACACCUCCGUGGGCAAUAUUCUGGGUUCGCUGAUCGCCGGCUGCUAUGUGUCAUCCAACUGGGGGAUGUCCUUCAUCGUGCCCGGAGUCAUCAUCAUGGUCAUGGGGGUCGUCUGCUUCCUCUUCCUCAUCGAGCAUCCAAAUGACCUGAAAAGCAUUUCAUCACAGAAUACAUCCUUGGGUAAUAAGAAGCUGCAGAAGAGCUGGACUGGUAGAAAUGGACAAGGGGACCUGCAGUACAAACCAAACAAGACACAGAGUUGGGACACAGAGUUGCUUCUGCCCCAGCAGCCCCGUGACGGUGUGUGUGCGGAGCGUGACGGAGUGUGUGUUCCCGUCCAGCAGCUGGUUGUGGUAAAGAGUGAGACGGAACCUUCCGCCAUCAGCUUCAUGGGAGCCCUGCGCAUUCCGGGAGUGGUGGAGUUUUCUCUUUGUCUGCUGUUUGCCAAGUUGGUGAGCUACACCUUCCUCUUCUGGCUCCCAAUGUACAUGACAAAAGCAGCUCACCUGGACGCCAAGAAGGCGGGCGAUCUGUCCACUCUAUUUGAUGUAGGAGGCAUCGUGGGUGGGAUCUUGGCGGGUGUGAUCUCUGAUAAGCUGGGCAAAAGAGCCAGUACCUGCGCUGUGAUGCUGCUGCUGGCUGCUCCAACACUGUACGGGUUCUCCAUGAUCAGUGAGCUGGGCACGGGACCAACAAUAGUGAUGUUGCUGGUCUGUGGGGGAUUGGUAAAUGGGCCGUAUUCCCUCAUCACCACUGCAGUAUCAGCAGACCUGGGCACCCAUAAGUCUCUGAAGGGGAACGCUCGUGCCUUAUCCACCGUCACCGCCAUCAUAGACGGCACCGGCUCUGUUGGUGCUGCAGUAGGCCCCCUACUGGCAGGUGCUGCAGUAGGCCCCCUACUGGCAGGUUUGUUAUCUGCGCACGGUUGGGAUCAGGUCUUCUACAUGCUCAUGACUGCAGACUUCUUUGCAUUGCUGAUGCUGUUGCGGUUAGUGAUGAAAGAGAUGAAGUCUCGAACAUCUCGCCCCGGAGUUACUGUGGAGUAAGUGAGUGUGUGUCUGUGUGUGUGU